AUGCGUAACCUGAGAUCUAGCAUAGCUAAAGCCGUCGUUGAGUCCGGGCCAUGCAAAACAUUAGGCUUGGCAGGGCUGGAGUGUACGACGCCUGACUCACUGCGCCAGUGCAAUGUUCUCAAGGUCAUACCCACAGGGUCCAGACUUCCAGACUUAACUGCAUCGGAGCAGAAGCUUCUAAGGCAAAAGCAACAACGACUAGCAGCGGAUAAAGCCUCCCUGGACCGAGAGGCAAGGGAUUGCUUGGGUGGAGGCAACCUAUAUGUCCAUAAUGGCCUUCAAGCAACGUUGAUAUUUUCCCAAUAUGAAGCCGGGACUGCAGUCUGCAUUGGAUCAGACGGCUGGGCGUUAACAUGUGCACACUGCUUCGGGGAUACAGAGAAAGAACUGCAGACGCCGAAUGCGUUAACUUGGGAUGCAAAAAGAGACUUAGCUCUUCUCAAGAUCAUUGCUAUCGAGGCCGAUGCUAGUCGGAAUGGAGAGGGCAUUGUUUGUUCUUUCCCAUUUAUGCAAUUAGCACCGAAAAGGCCAGCAGUAAAUAGUCCUAUAAUAUGCAUUGGACAACCGGGAGUGGACGAUUUGGAAUCUAGUACGCCGACGAAAAACAAGUUUGAUUUUGUGGAGUUAUCCACUGGAAAAUUCCGUGGGAUGGUAGCCGGUGGCGACUGGCAGGAUAAUUCUGAGAUAGGCCAGAUGAAGCAUGAUGCCUGGACAUAUUGGGGCCACUCGGGCGCGCCUUUGCUUGCCGAGGCUGAUGGUACUCUGAUUGGACUGCACUCUUCUUGGGAUGAUCAGACUGGCAUGCGUCACGGCAUUCCUAUUGUUGCUAUCCAGGCAUUCCUCGCACAACACGCCGGAUUAAUGAGUUCCAUAGGGCAAGCUGCUAAAGCUCAAGACGACCAUACCUUGUCAAAACUGGCCGUGGAGGAAGAGGUGAUUGUUAUUAGCGAUUAG